AACUGAAUUUGCUGUCUCACAAGCCCCACCCUGAGCUAACCUGGACUCCUUCAUCCCAAAUGAGGUGGCCUCUACAUUUUAUAUGAAGGCCCUGCUUCACCAUUCAACUCUGAUCCAUCUAAUGACAUGGCAAUCCAAUACAGAUAGGAAGACAAAAUUGAACAACACAACUAAAAUAAAGUACAUUCCCAGAAUACACAUUGUGGAAACAGGAUGAAGUUGACCAGUGAAAAGUUGCCCAAGAAUCCCUUUUAUACCUCCAUAUCUCAAUAUGCUGCUAAGCAUCAAAAAUUCUUCCAAUGGAGAAAGGAAAACAGUGAUCAUUAUGGCCAUGCUAAUUUAGUGGAUUAGGCAUUGCAACUCUUGAAGGAAAGAAUAAGAAGAGGGGAUGCUCUGGCUUAUUUUCUACGAGGUCAACUAUAUUUUGAAGAGGGAUGGUAUGAAGAAGCAUUAGAACAGUUUGAAGAUGUCAAGGAGAAAGAUCAUCAAGCAACUUACCAGCUAGGAGUAAUGUAUUAUGAUGGGCUGGGGACCACUGUAGAUGCUGAAAAAGGAGUGGACUAUAUGAAGAAAAUUCUUGAUUCUCCAUGUCCCAAAGCAAGACAUUUAAAAUUUGCUGCUGCCUUCAACCUUGGGAGAGCUUAUUAUGAAGGAAAAGGUGUUCAACAGUCAGAUGAGGAAGCUGAAAGAUUGUGGCUUUUUGCUGCAGGCAAUGGAAAUCCAAAAGCUAAUGUGAAAGCUCAAAGUAUCUUAGGACUGUAUUAUUCAACAAAAGAACCCUAAGAGUUAGAAAAGGCAUUUUAUUGGCAUUCAGAAGUGUGUGGCAACGGGAAUCUGGAGUCCCAGGGUGCACUUGGCCUCAUGUACUUUUAUGGACAAGGCAUCCACCAGGAUACUGAAGCUGCCCUGCAAUGCCUAAAGGAUGCUGCAGAGUGAGGGAACAUCUAUGCACAAGGGAAUCUCGUGGAGUAUUAUUAUAAGAUGAAGUUCUUUACAAAGUGUGUUAAAUUUUCCAAAAGGAUUGCUGAUUAUGAUGAGGUUCACGACAUCCCCACGAUAGCCCAGGUCACGGACUGUCUCCCAGAGUUCAUCAACAGAGGCAUGGCCAUGGCAUCUUUCUACUAUGCACGGUGUCUUCAGCUUGGCUUGGGCAUCACAAAAGAUGAAGUAACAGCUAAACACUAUUAUUCUAAAGCUUGCCAUCUGAAUCCUGCAUUGGCAAAUGAACUUCACUCCUUAGUUAUUCAUCAAAGAAUUUAGACCACAAUGCAUUUCAACAAAGAUCAUCAAUCCUAACACCAUACAAUUAUUUCUAGGGACCAGAAUGAAGAAGGUAUUUUAUUAUCACUGCAUAACAGAUGAUGAAGCCCCGGAAAAUUAACUGAGUGACUUGUUCAUAGUCCCACUAUCAAUAACAACAACAAAAAAAUUCUGUACUCUGGACCUCUCCUGAUGCCUCUUGUAGUCUAUAAGACUUGAUGAUAUACCAAGUCCUUAAGCUCCCUGAAGUAAUUUCCUUCCUCUUUAUUUCCUUGUCUCAUUCUUUCAAGGUUUAGCUCACAUCUAAUAUCUCAUUUUUAAGCACUAAUUUGGCUCUUUUCAUGUACUAAAAGUCACAUAUUUCAGAUGUUUAUUUUAUGUCUGGUGAAAGGCAGCAAACUUUUUACUUGCUUGGUGAAAUACUUAAGUGGAUAGUGUUUUUCUGCCAAAGAAAAAUACACAUAACUAUCUGAAUAGCCCAGGUGUUU